GAGGUGUCAACACUAAUAUUUGAAUCGCAAACCUGGGGCGAUAAUAUCCAUCGAUACCUAUACAAAGCGCGCCAUCUUCUGAUCUCGCCUAAACCACCUUGAAGCCAGCCAGCCGUUCCUCCGCAGCCCGACCUCGACCUGUCUUUCGGCUUUAGGUCGCCAUGGCCAAUUUGUUCAUGACGAACGAGGAGCUUGGGAAGAAAGACGACGAUCACAAGCGGACCAAGAUCCCUCCAAUCCGAUCUUCAUAUUGGAAUGCCGCUCGAAUUCCUCCCCGUAAGACGCUGAAGCGUCUCGCUAUAGCUUUGACCGUCGCCAUCUUCGUCUACCUUUUUAUACACAACAUACCUACAGAUAACCCGAUUCGAGACCACCGGCACCCCGUCUAUCGCCCCGUUCCCGCUCAACACCCCUCGAACGCCCCGAGCGUUCCCAAGUUGAAUCCCGAUCGUCCUUGGAAGCCACCGACAAAGCCCGAGACGGUUAAGCAGAAGCCAAAGCCUGUUCCUGAAGUCGACCUAAAGCCUGUCUCGGAUGUUGGCUACAAUGGCCCGAUUACGUUCCCGAACCUCGCCGUGUCGUUACAAGCUAUAUAUGAGACGCAAGGAACGUCUCCCAAGAAUAAAAACAUACUGUUUGCGGCAUCCAGCCUUAAGAGCGCUGCCAAGUUGCUGCCAAUGGCUUGUCAGAUGGGAACCGAGUUGAGGAGCUAUGUGCAUUUUGCGCUCAUGAGCCGAAGUGAUAUCGAUAUCGAACAGCUGCAGGCUAUCAAUGGCAUUGAUCAGUCUUGCCAGAUCAUAUUUCACGACGCCCGUCUGGAUAAAUCGACCGAGUCGACCAAGACACGCCUCUCCAAGGGCAUAUCUCGUGCCUUCCACCACGUCCAAACGUAUAUGCACCCGCAAGCUGUGCUUGUAGAUGCUUCGGGCGAAGAAGAGGAGUAUUUCCUUUCCGCUGCAAGAGCUCAGGCCUCCGAAGAGGGAUUUCCUUUGAUCGAACUGCCUGAGGGCACACAAAAACGGCUUGCUUGGAUGACGAAGCUGGAUAGCGCUUCUUUAGCAGCCUGGAACAAAGUCAAUGUCGAGAUCCUAGUCUACGCCUCGCUUGGCACCUCGGGAAGCCUUAUUCGACUGCUUAAAUCUCUGUCGGCAGCGGACUUUACCGCUUGUGCUGUUCCGCACUUGACCAUCGAGCUUUCUCACGAUAUCGAUGCCGCUACGACUCAAUUCUUACAGGACUUCCAGUGGCCGCCUUCCCGAGCGUAUAAUCCGACUCACGUUCGUCAACUGACUCUUCGCCACCGUAUACCACGUAACAGCUUGACGGAAGAAGAGAGCUCAGUGCGAUUCCUCGAGUCUUUCUGGCCCGCCAACCAGCACUCCCAUGUCUUGGUUCUCUCUCCGAAUACCGAGUUGUCCCCUCGGUUCUAUCAUUACCUAAAGUACGCACUCCUUGAAUACAGCUACUCCGUCCCCGCUACCAUGCAGCAAUGGGACUCUCGCCUCCUCGGCAUCAGUCUAGAGCUUCCCUCAACCCACCCAGGCGAUGCUCUCAAACCUUUCAGCCCGCCCUCUGCCUCCAAGAAGGCUACUACUGCGCAACAAAAACAACAAAAGAAAACUCCCACCGAAAACAACACCCCAUUCCUCUGGCAAGCCCCCGGCAGCAACGCCAUCUUGUACAGCGGCCAAAAGUGGACGGAACUCCACAAACUCGUGUCCAAAUCGCUCGAGUUUGUCCACCAACAACAGCAAGCUGCUACUACCAGCAGCAACCCAGCCUUGGCCUUCUUCACCCAGAAACAAAUAAGCAAGCACUACCCCUCCUGGCUCGAGCACGCCCUCCGCCUCGCCCGCGCCCGCGGCUACUUCACCCUUUACCCCAGCCCCCAAACAGCGAGGAACCUAGCAACCGUGCACAACGAGCUCUAUCGGGCGCUGGAGGAGUAUCGCGGGAGCAGUGGUGGCGGUGUUGGUGAUGGAAACGAUAGCGGCAGCUGGAGUGAGCUAGGGAAACAAAAGGAGGAAAUCAGCCUCUCUCUGGGCUCGCUACUGGAUAGCUUACCCGCCGGAGGCAAUCUGUUGCCCUUUGGUGAUAUGCCGUUGCUGGAUUGGGAGGGAAAGAUGACGAGCUUGGCGGAGGUGGAUAGAAGGGCUGGGGAGUAUGUGGAUGAGUUUAGGAGAGCGUUGGGGUGUGGGAAGUUGGAGAAGGGGAAGAGUCAGAUGAAUGAGGGUGAGGAUGAGGAGGAUGAGGAGGAUGAAAGGGAUAUUUUGGCUAGUGGGGUUAGGAGAGGGGGGGUGGAGGAUUUGUUUUGUAAUAGGUAACGAAGUUGGAUGGUUGAUUGGGGGUGAUGUGCUUUUGUUUUUGUAUUAUGAUGGAGGUCUUGGAUAUCGUACAGUCCAAUACUGGUUUGUUUGUUAGCUCGAGACCUCGGGUCAACUUCCUUAGGCGUUUUCAUGUCUAAGUGAUUCGUUGCGUUCUUCGACCAAAGUGUAAUUUAACUGGGAAUAUGCUUUUUCCAAAAUAAAAUACACCGUAUUAAAUCUUGUUAAUGCCUUUCGGAUCCGUACUUAGCUAUUCAUUUAGUCCUUGAAAGGUUUGGGAUAAUUCGGAAGAGAUCUUGCCCAGUGUACCAGU